AUGAAUUCAGCUUCAUCUGAUUCAGUCGAAACUUCGUCUUCAAGAGUUAACAAUAUCUACUCAGCAUUGCCCGAUACAUCAAACGUAAUCCGUGCAUCGAGUAACAGUACUGUUGAUCAAUUAACGACGAAAUCAAAUCGAUAUUUUUCUUGUACUAUUUGUAAUAUUGAACUAUCUAAUCAAAAACUUUUUAAUUCGCAUUUGAACAGUCAGCAACAUCAACAAGCUCAAAGUAUCCAUGAUGUUUUACAAUCAGUCGCGCCAGAAUAUCGUUCUGCAUACAAAGCAAUGUUUUCGCCUGAAAUGUUGAACAAAAAGGUAUUCAAUCGUGAAUUACUUUGUGAAGAACAAAUCAAGCAAACAAGAGAACCUCUGUUGGGAUUAAACUACAUUAUCGAAUUUCAAUUUGAAAAUACGCCGAAUUCUGCUCAAUAUAUUUGUGAUCUAUGUCGUUGUAAAUGUUCAUUUCAAUCCAUUCUUCCACACAUAACAAACAUUCAACAUCAACGAAAAUUUUUAAAAAUUCAUCACCCAGACAUGUAUGAGCGAGUCCUAACAGCGUCAACGAUCCGUUCUGAACAACAACGUUUGAUUGAGAAUUAUGCAAAACAGAUACAAUCAAGAUAUGGCGGGCCGGGAACGAUUCAAUUACAUGUUCAAUUGAAUUCAUUUGUUGGACAAAGGCCAGUUGUUCUUGCAGUGAUAUACAAAUCGUCCACAGAUCAAUAUACUAAAGUACAACAAAAACCUGUCAUACAGUUGGCAUCAAAAACAUUUGAAGAAUUCGAUUAUCGAUAUGAAAAUGAACUAGACGGUAGUCGUGUUAAUGCUGCAAAGAUAGAAUAUGAAGCGACAAGAACAUCUGAAUUAACGGAAACGACUUGUCAAGAUUCGAUUCAACGUGGUCUAUCGCCAGAAGAUCUACUCUAUCCGUUUGAUCGACAGUUUUGGUAUCAAAACUAUAAAGAUCUGCUCGAAUCUCGGCCCAUCGACCCACAUUCAGUUACUUACCAAGAAGUAAUAUCUGACACGAAUAAAAUACCACCAUUCCUAAAUAUAACAGAAAAUACACGUACCUCUCCCGUGCCAAUCAAUAUGAAUGAAAACUGUGCAACAUUGGAAAAUGGACAAACUAUACGCCGAAAUACUAGUCAACCGUCUAAUCGCCGUGUGAUACUUGAUACAAAUCGAACCCCGACAUUGACCAAUACUGGAACACUACGAAUAUCUCCGACAAAACCUCGGCCCAACUUCGAUGGCUAUACUUUAUUAAAUGAGCAACAAAAGAAAACCAAUGGUACUAGUGCUGUACUUAAUGAACAAUCAGCACGUGCCAUCUUAGCAGCCAGUGGUCUUUUACAAUCUGAUGAAGAAGAUGAAUAUAAUAUGGAUAGGCUGCAUUCGUCAUCGAAUAAAACAAGGGAAGAGUUGAAGAAAAAAUCGGAAAGAGUCGUGUCGCCCGCAAUUGCAAAACGAAUGCUUGAUGCUGUUCUAACUGGCGAUUUAGAUGUUGCGCAUAUUCAACCGUACUUCUCUACAUUCGUCGAUCUAAUUCAGUCCGGUCAAGUCGAACUGGAACGUCAUCAAGCAGAAAGACUACUGCAUAAAGUUCUAGUUACAUCAUCGUCAUCAUGCGGAUCACCAAAAAUCAAAUCUGAACCAACAACCGAUAGUAAUAAACGGCCACGAUCAACUAGUUCCACGAGAGAGCAUCGUUCUUUGUCGUCGUCAACUCGAUAUCGUCGAUAUCCUGACGACUAUCGCUCUUCAACAGAAACGAAUUCCAAUAAGUAUUCGACAUCAUCGAUGACAAGACGUGUUCAUCUGACAAACGAGAAUAAAACAAUGAAUGGAAAACAAUCCUCACAGUAG